AUGAAGUUCUCACAAGCUACCCUUUGUGCUAUCUUAGCCUCAUCCACAUUCGUUUCCGCUGCUCCAGCUAUUGUCGCCGAACAAACCUUGGUCAAGAGAGCUGACGUUAACGACGUCUUGGCCAUCUUGAAGGAAAUCAAAACUCAACAAGCCAAGAGAGAAUAUCUUUCAGGUGAUGAAUUGAUUGCUCACGACAAGAGAGCUGACUCAGUUUUGGGUGACUUGAUCACUGCUUUGACCAACUCAGGUAUCAUUAGUGACAUUUGGACCACCUUGACCACCGACUCUGCCAUUUCUUCUUCAAUCAAGUCUAUUAUUCAAUCAGCUAUCCAAACUGCUGUUGUUCAAGGUCCAGCUUUGAUUGAAGCUAUCUGGAACUCGGGUUUGUUGGGAACUAUUUUCAACGAUUUCUUAAACGAUGCCGACUUGAGAAAUGCAUUCUUGAAUGUUGCCAAAUCCAUCUUUGGUACCGCCGUUAACUUGAUCACUUCAUGGUUGAGUGGUUCAUCCUCAUCCUCAACUGCUUCAACUGCUGCUGCCAAGAGAGAUGUUGUUAUUCCAGCUCCAAUGAGAAGAGACAUUGCCGAUGGUGAAUACUUGGACAAGAGAGACUUGGCCUCAAUUAUCUCAUUCAUUGUUACCGAGAUCAAGGACUCAGGUAUCGUUUCCUCAUUGGUCAACAAGGUCCUUGCUGACCCACAAGCUACCGUCAGUUUCUUGUCUUCAGCCUUUGAGACUGGUUUGGUUGUUGCCAAGGAUGUUUACUCAUGGGCCAAAUCAUCUGGUUUGUGGGACUCUGCUUUGUCAUACAUUGAAGCCAAUGCUGGUACAUGGGCCGGUGCCAUUGCUUCCUUCUUGGGUAACGCUUUGACCUCUGGUCAAGUUUCUGCUUCAGAGAUUGACAAUGCCUCUGGAUCAUCUUCAACUGGUACUUCCACCGUUUCUACCAGAUCUGUUUCUGCUGCCGCCGCUGCCGCUGCUGCUCCAGCCACAACUGCCACCACCAAGGCUGCUACUACAGUUGCUACAGUUGCUACUACAUCAGCUGCUGCCGCUGCUGCUGCUGCUGCUGCUGCAGGUGGAAGCAACACCAACGCAUUGAGCUCAUUGGUUGACAAGUAUGGUGCUGCUACUGCCACUGCUGCUGCUGCUCAAGUCAACACUGGUAGUUUGUCAUCCAACCUUAACCAAUUGGUUGCUGCUUCCAACUCUGCUGCUGCCUCUUUGAAAGUUAGAAGAAACUACUAA